GGGAAAGAAGUCACUUGUUACACCCCCCAGAAAACAGCUGUGCUUGAUGGAAACCCUUCCUGCUCAAUUCAAGCCUCAACUGCCAAAACAUCUGUGGAGAAAUCUACAGCUACCACAAUGAAAACCAGAUCAACACCAGCACCAGCGCCCACCACAGAGCCAAGCAACAGCAGCCACGUCAAUGGCUCCAGCAAAGGGUUGAUGGCGAGGGAUGGUGAGACACACACAGGAAGCCACAGCUGGAAGUUCCUGCUUGGUGUCGUUGCUCUAACCCUCAGCACUUCCAUGCUCAUUGUAUGUGCUGUCAAAUCUCCCUCAUGGUACAAGCUUCUGUUUAAUUACCGGCACCAGAGGCUAUGUGAGGAUGUGGAGCACAACGUCUUCAAUACCGGACGCUUUUCCAACUUCAGUCUAGACACAGAGCAGACGGACACGAGCACUCAGGAGUUGGACACUGGACUGAGCUUGCAGCCCUUUGAGGAUGAUGAUGGCUUCAUAGAGGACGGCUACAUUGAGCCAGGAAACUACAGAGAACACGCGGAUGCUGACGAGUCUUGAGCAAGAUCUGCAGCAGGAGAAGGACAGGGGCUGCAAACAGGUGGAAAAAUGAAGCUGCGAGCUCUUGCAUUAAACUGUGAGGAUCUGUUUAUUCCAGUGCAGUAGUGCAAUAUGAAAAAAACCUUUAAAAUAUGAAACCCAAAGAUCACUGAACUGGAAUUGCAAAUGCAUGUAUCU